CGAGCCCGGAUUUGGGGAUAAAGCGCGGCCCCGCGACAGUUGCGGCGGGAGAGCGGUGGGGCAGAGAGCGUGACUCGCCCGCUCCAGUGCCACCGUUCCCGCCGUGCUUGCCGUCGCCGCCGCCGCCGCGCAGCCAUGUCGGAGGAGAAGCCCAAGGAGGGAGUGAAGACGGAGAAUGACCACAUCAACCUGAAGGUUGCAGGGCAGGAUGGCUCAGUGGUGCAGUUCAAGAUCAAGAGGCACACUCCCCUGAGCAAGCUGAUGAAGGCCUACUGCGAGAGGCAGGGCUUGUCCAUGAGGCAGAUUCGAUUCAGGUUUGAUGGGCAACCAAUCAACGAAACAGACACUCCGGCCCAGCUGGAGAUGGAGGAUGAAGACACCAUUGACGUGUUCCAGCAGCAAACAGGAGGAACGUCAUCCCGAGGGACCAUCCCCACACCUGGUGGCUGUCCCAACAUUUGCUGUUGAAUGGUGAACAUGCAGCCACACCUGUCACAGAAGUCAGCGGAAUCACUGAGCAAUUCUCCUUCUCCGAUGCACUUGGUGGGAACUUCAGAUUGUACUGUAGGGAUGAGGGUGCAGCUUAACUCAGCCAACCGGAGUGCUUGGUGUAGGUGAGAUGAGUUGUGAGGUUUGGAGUUCCUUUUGUUUUCAUUUCUGUUUCCUCACACCCCGAAAAUGUUUUUUUUUUCCCCAGAACCUUGGGGCCAGAUGUUGCUCUCGGCCUGUGGCCAGACUUAUCGAACCCUUAGAACUACGGUCACCUCUGGUGUGACUUGUCCUAAUCAGGUAGAGAGCUGGCAGAGCUUGGCUGGCAGAGCUUGUGGUCACAUUACCCGGUGGGCAUGCCUGUGGGAUUGAGGGGGAGGUGGAUUUCACUCAUUAUUUGUUGUAGGCAUAGAAUGCUAAGAUGUGAAGAACUAUAAAUUUAGCUUUGUCAAGCAUAUGGUAAAGUUAAGGGAAAACACUGAUACUUCUUACGGUAAAAACAGUGAGGGGUCCUUUGGGAUCGUGGCCCACGUGCUCCUGCUCCUGUGCACACCCCCGGGCCAAGGCCAGAUGUCACCUUCUACUUGGUACCUGGUAAUGGGUACAUGGGUAAGGUUGGCACAAGAUCCACUCUCUUCCCUUUUUGUAAUGUAGAAGAAAGGUAAUGCCGUGCAUCUGAUUUGGAAACUGAGUGUGGACUCAGAUUUCCUGUAGUAUUUGGUUCUGAUGAAUAAUUGUGGUCUCUACAUAAAAAAGUAAGAAUCAAGUUUACAGUGGCAUUCUGUAAAGACCUGCUUCAGAGUGGGGCUGCAAAAGAAUCCCAGGGAAAGGCGACUGUCCUCACGGACUUGAGCUCUGCUGCUUUCCACGUGUGCAUCGAAAUUAUGUGUCAGUGCAGUGACUUCAGUUCUGCAGUUUGGGAUCUAAACUGUAAAAGUGCUCAUAGCUCUGCCCUUACCCUUGUGUGAGGACCCACUGCUGCUUGAUGCCAUCUCUGCCUUUUAUAGUCACCUGACCCUGACCUGUCAUCUCUUGCUUGCUUAAAAUCCCAAGGAAAAUGUUCUUGUUUCCUGUUUUGCUGUGGGCUCCGGUGGGGUGUCUGUUGGCUCUGUUGUGUUUAUUCACCAGUUUGUACAUUAUUUGUUGUCCUUUACUACUGUAAACAGUAAAUAUAGUUUGGUAUUCUG